UUUCAGGAAGCCAGUGCCUGUCCAGGUUUGAAUGUUGGCUCGUCCUGUGUGUGUUUGUGUUUGUAUCAUGUUUGAAACCUCUCCGAGCGGCUUUCUGUGAGGCGGGAGGAACACAGUUUGGACAUUUCUCACAUCUGACAUGCGUCUCCACAUUAUCCUCGCCGCUGUCUGUUGGUGUGGCUUCGUAGACUCUCGGAAAAUCAGAGGGAUAUCUUCGUCCUACAAACGCUUCUACAGGGAGAGGAAGUCCUUCAUGUGUAUCGACGGGUCCAAAGUCAUCCCGUUCGAGCAGGUGAACGACGACUACUGCGACUGCGAAGAUGGCUCCGAUGAACCAGGCACCUCAGCCUGUCCUCGUGGCCGAUUCUACUGCACCAAUCUGGGUUUCCGCCCACACUACAUCCCAUCAUCGCGAGUCAACGAUGGCAUCUGUGAUUGCUGCGACGCUUCAGACGAAUACAACAGCCACGCUCACUGCCAGAACACUUGCUGGAAUCUGGGACAGAGAGAGAGAGCGUACGUGGAGGGCCAGAUGAGGACCUUGGAUGAGGGUUUGCAACUGAAGCAGCAACUGAUUGAGGAGGGAGUGCUGCUCUGGAGGGAGAAACAGGCCCAGCUCAGAGAGCUUCAGCAAGUAGCCGAGGACCUACAGAUCAAACUGGAAGACCACAGAAGGAAGAAACACGAGGCCGACCAACUCAAAGAGCAGACAUUAAAGGCACUGGAAGCAGGGGACAGCAGUGUCAGACGUCAGAACAGCACAAUAACCAGCAUUUUCAAGUUACUGGACAGCAAUAAAGACGGCAGUCUAACGGUGGAUGAAGUCCAGGCUAAAGUGGCAGUUGUCCACGACGAGGAGCGGAUUCUCUCCGAGGAUGAAGCGAUGGCUUUGUUGGGAGGUGGCCAUCAGAUGGAUCUCACCAAGUUUCGACACACACUCUGGGACGUCCUGACAAAGGGAGACAGUGUCAAGAUCAAAGACACACACGGAGCACCAGGCAGUCUAGUGGCUGAAGAUCCUCACUUAAAGGCGGUUGACAAAGCUGCAGAGUGGGAGGCUAACAAUCUGAAGAAGGUAGAAGAAGCCUAUGAGACAGUCAACAUGGAAAUAAGUGAUCUCCGGAAGAACCUAGCCAUAGACUAUGGAACAGAUUGGGAGUUUCUGUUUUUGAACAGCCAGUGUUACAAGCUGAAAGUAUAUGAGUAUACUUAUACCCUGUGCCCGUUCAAUCAAGUCACUCAAAAGAGCAUUACAGGAACAGAAGUCUCAUUAGGGAAGUGGGGGAUGUGGGCAGGAACACCAAAGAACCAGUACAGUCAGAUGGUGUAUGAGAAUGGAGAACCCUGCUGGCAAGGAGGUUCACGCAGUACUACAGUCACACUGACAUGCGGAACGGAGACAGCCUUGCGAUCGGUGAAGGAGCCCAGCAAAUGCCAGUACAUCAUGGACUUUCAGACUCCUGUGGCCUGUCAGCCGGUGCUAAAGCAGCGGGGCAUACACAGUGAACUGUGACCCCUUCCCUUACUGGCCUAGCCUAGAUUCAUUUAGCUCCCCCCACCAACCCUCUUGGCUAGCCUGCGGUGACAGGCUGGGGUCCUGAGGGUCCCCUCUGACAUCUGUGUUGUCAGAACAUAUAUACUUCCAAGCAAGUCUUGCUAAGGUCAGAAUCAGAUUUUCAGUAACACUGCUCCUAGAACUUUAGUUUUCAUUGAUUGUUACAGCGCUACUUUACAUAGUUAUGUAAAUUGACUGAUUAAGUAUUCCUCACUUCAGUAUAUGUCGUCGUGGUAAUAUAUGUUUACACUUGAGGCCCAACAGAAUUACUUUGUAAAUAAUUGAAUGAACAAAGUACAGCUACAGUUACAGGGUCUAAUGACAUUUCAACUAAUGUUACUGCUCAUUCAAGAGCACAAAUUAAAAGGACUGCUUCUUUCUUCAGCCUUACUUAACUCUUAAAGAAAACGUCUGCUGAUAUUUUUCUCAUUUGUCAACAUAAAAACAACAAAAUGAUGUGAUCCUCCUAACAAGUAUUACCAAAGCUUUACAUAGAGCUCCAAAAAAUACAUGUUGAAAUCACGUCAAUGAGUCAAACUUGUACAGGAUGACAUGAGCACACCAUUCUUCGGCUACUCACUAGAGCACCAAAUGUGUAUUAGUCCGCAGAUCAAAAUAGUCCCCGACACUGUUUACUCCUUUUUAGUGAAAACUACAGUUUAGGGAAUUGUUUAGCCUCUUUUUUU